GCGUGGGCCCGAACAAGGACCACAUCUACCUCCACCUGGACCACCUGCCGCCCGAGACGCUGGUCGAUGUUGGGCCCAGCGGCCUGGCCUCGAUCCUGCACGGGGCCCGCGUGCGCGGGGUCCCCAGCCAGCAGCUUGCCAGGGCGCGCGCCCUCAACGGCAAGGCCUUGGCCAGAGAGGUCGGCAGGAAGUCUCGAGCCAUCCUGUCUGUGCUGCAGGUCAGGCCGGCGGCGGCUUUCAAGGUGCUCUUCGCGGCGCCCGUUGGUUCCCGGGCCGAAGUUAGUGGCCCUGCAGGCGAGGCGAGGAUGAGGCUGCAGAGAAUGGGCUGGACUGCGGAGUCUUGGCGCACGUGGCGCGGCGACCGUGGCUGCAGGAUGGACUCGCGGGUGCUCAGCCCCAGGAUGAUCUCCGGCAUGGUGGACAACGGGGUCUGCAGGCACCUCAUGCUCGGGGCCCAGGGGCACGUGGAGAUGGUGCAGCUGCUGGAGUCCCUAAUCGCAGGAGGCUUGGUGUCCCAGAUGGACUUGUGCAUCGAGCGCGCGGAGACGGACCCGAGCUGCCAGUGGUGCCGAGGGGCCUUGGGCACCACGCGCCAUCGCCCUGUCAGGCGCCCAGCGUCGCGCACCUGCGCGUCCGACCUGGGCUUGGAGGGAGUAGCCGACGCGGGCAGGAGAGCUGCCGCUGAUGACGUGGGGUUCCUGCGGGCCUUGGUCAAUUUUCGCUUCGACCAGGCGCCCCACCCGAGCCUGGAGGAGAUCUGCCUGCGUGCAGGCGCGGCUCGGGUGGCCCUCUUCAAGGGCACGGUCUGCAUAGAUGGGUCCGCCAUCUGUCCUGACUGCGGGCCGCUCACCCGUACGGGUUUGGCCGACAUCGUGGUCUCAAAGGACGGGAAGAUUUUGGGAGGCAUGUGUGGUAGCGUGCCCGGCUGGGUGGUGCAGGCGAUAGGCUACGCGGAGCUGUACGCUCUGAAGAGAGUGCUGGAUGAGAAAGGUGUCGAGGCACUUGAGGAGCUGACGGACUGCAAAGGCCUGUUCGACGACUUCUCGAAGGGCCGUGCAUAUUGUUGCGGGCCGCGCAGCAAGUACGUGAAUUUAUGGAGCUCCGCCGAGCGCCUCCCUGGUAUCUCCGAGACGGCCAAGAUCUUCGCGGGCGUGGACGUGACCAAGGAGCCCGCCCCGGUGCUGCCCACCGUGCACUACAACAUGGGCGGCAUCCCCACGAACUGGAAGACCCAGGUGCUCCGCGGCGAGUGCAACACCAUCGUCCCCGGCCUCCUUGCCGCCGGCGAGGCUGGCUCCGCUUCCGUGCACGGCGCGAACCGCCUCGGCGCGAACUCGCUGCUCGAUCUCGUCGUCUUCGGGCGCCAGGCCGCCGACACGACCGCGGAGCUGGUCAAGCCGAACAGCGCCCCAGUCAAGCUGCCGGGCAACGCGGGCGAGGCGACGAUCGCGCGCAUGGACAAGAUCCGCAACAGCAAGGGACCGAUCCCGACGGCCGUGCUGCGCACCAAGCUGCAGGUCAACAUGCAGAAGUAUGCGCCGGUGUACCGCAACGCUGAUGACCUGAAGACCGGCAAGGGCGUGGUUGACGAGAUUAUGAAAGAGUACAAGGAUGUGGGCAUCACCGAUCGCAGCAUGAUCUGGAACACCGACCUCAUCGAGACCCUGGAGCUCGAGAACCUCAUCAACCAGGCCGCCCAGGAGAUCCACUCCGCCGAGGCGCGCCAGGAGUCCCGCGGUGCGCACGCCCACGAGACCUUCCCCGAGCGCGACGACGUGAACUGGAUGAAGCACACGCUCUCCUUCCUGGACAAGCCCUACGUCGAGGACGCCAAGGUGGUGCUGAAGUACCGCGGCGUCAUCGACCAGCCGCUCGACAAGGAGAUGCACCACGUGCCUCCGGCGAAGCGCGUCUACUGA